AUGUCAUCUCGGCCAGACCUCAAGAUCGACGACGAAGUCGGCUUCAUCCGAUUUUACCGCUCCCUCGACCCUGUAAGCGAUGAGACUAUCCGGAUCUUCGACCGUGGCGACUGGUACUCGGCCCACGGCGCCGAAGCCGAUUUCAUAGCUCGAACCGUUUACAAGACUACCUCCGUCCUGCGCAACCUCUCCGGCGGCUUGCCGUCCGUCUCAAUGUCCGUUACGGUGUUCCGAAACUUCUUACGAGAGGCACUGUUCCGACUAAACAAAAGAAUUGAGAUCUGGGGCUCUGUGGGUACAGGCAAGGGGCAUUGGAAGAAAGUCAAGCAGGCGAGUCCCGGCAAUCUGCAGGAUGUGGAGGACGAACUUGGAGCCAUGGGAAUGGCAGGCGCAGGAAGUACAGGGGCGCCGAUCAUCAUGGCCGUCAAGCUUAGUGCGAAGGCCGGCGAGGCGCGAAAUCUGGGCGUUUGCUUUGCGGAUGCGAGUGUGCGCGAGCUGGGCGUGAGCGAAUUCCUGGAUAACGAUGUCUACUCGAACUUUGAGGCGCUUAUUAUUCAGCUCGGUGUCAAGGAGUGUCUUGUUGUGCAGGAUGUCAAUCGGAAGGAUGUGGAGGUUGGCAAGAUCCGGGCGAUUUGCGAUAACUGCGGGAUUGCGAUCUCGGAGCGGCCUGUGUCUGACUUUGGGGUGCGCGAUAUCGAGCAGGAUCUUACGCGUCUCUUGAAAGAUGAGCGCUCUGCUGGGACGCUGCCGCAGACGGAGCUCAAGCUUGCGAUGGGAAGCGCGGCGGCGCUGAUUCGGUACCUCGGUGUCAUGUCGGAUGCGUCGAACUUCGGGCAGUACCAGCUCUACCAGCAUGACUUGGCGCAGUUUAUGAAGCUUGAUGCGGCGGCGUUACGGGCGCUGAAUCUCAUGCCUGGCCCUAGGGAUGGGUCGAAAUCGAUGAGCUUGUUUGGGCUCUUGAACCAUUGCAAGACGCCUGUUGGAAGCCGGCUGCUGGCCCAGUGGCUGAAGCAGCCGUUGAUGGAUCCGACUGAGAUCGAGAAGCGACAGCAGCUUGUUGAGGCGUUUGUUGUGAGCACAGAGCUGCGGCAGACCAUGCAGGAGGAGCACUUGCGAUCGAUUCCGGAUCUGUAUCGGCUUGCGAAGCGGUUUCAACGGAAGCAGGCGAACCUAGAGGAUGUGGUGCGUGUAUAUCAGGUUGCGAUUCGGCUGCCCGGGUUUGUGAACUCGCUGGAGAAUGUCAUGGAUGAAGAAUAUCAGACACCACUUGAGACAGAGUACACGGCCAAGCUGCGCAGUUACUCAACUAGCCUAGCGAAGCUGGAGGAGAUGGUUGAGACGACGGUUGACCUGGACGCUCUGGAGAAUCACGAGUUCAUCAUCAAGCCUGAAUUCGAUGACAGUCUACGCAUCAUCCGCAAGAAGCUGGAUAAGCUGCGCCAGGAUAUGUACCAAGAGCAUAAGGCCGUCUCAAAGGAUUUGGAUCAGGAGAUGGAUAAGAAGCUGUUUCUUGAGAACCACCGCAUGCACGGGUGGUGCUUCCGUCUAACACGGAAUGAGGCGGGUUGUAUUCGCAACAAGAAAGCAUACCAGGAGUGCUCAACGCAGAAAAACGGAGUGUACUUCACUACAACGACGAUGCAGGCUCUCCGCCGGGAACAUGAUCAGCUUUCCUCGAAUUACAACCGCACUCAGACAGGGCUUGUCUCGGAGGUCGUUUCCGUUGCAGCGUCGUACUGUCCCGUCCUAGAGCAAUUAGCCGGCGUUCUCGCUCACCUCGAUGUCAUUGUGAGCUUUGCGCAUGCUUCGGUCCACGCUCCAACGGCCUACACUAGACCCAAGAUCCACCCGCGAGGCACAGGAAACACCGUCCUCAAGGAAGCACGACAUCCCUGUAUGGAGAUGCAAGAUGACAUCUCCUUCAUCACUAAUGACGUCUCGCUUAUCCGUGACGAGUCCUCAUUCCUCAUCAUCACCGGUCCCAAUAUGGGCGGUAAAUCAACAUACAUCCGCAUGAUUGGUGUCGUCGCGCUCAUGGCGCAGACAGGCUGCUUCGUCCCAUGCACCGAGGCAGAACUUACAAUCUUCGAUUGCAUCCUUGCCCGUGUCGGCGCGAGCGAUUCUCAGCUGAAAGGCGUUUCAACCUUCAUGGCCGAGAUGCUUGAAACAUCUAAUAUUCUCAAGUCCGCAACCUCCGAGUCCUUGAUUAUUAUUGACGAACUGGGCCGCGGUACCAGCACAUACGAUGGAUUUGGUCUCGCCUGGGCGAUCUCAGAACACAUCGUCAGCGAGAUCCGCUGCUUCGGGCUUUUUGCAACCCACUUCCAUGAACUCACGGCAUUGGCCGAUCGAUACCCUAAGUCUGUCAAGAACCUGCACGUCGUCGCAUUUAUCGGUGAUGGAACUGAAGAACAGGAGGACAAGAAGAAGAGUCAACAGAAGGUCACCCUUCUCUACCGCGUCGAACCGGGAAUCUGUGACCAGUCCUUCGGUAUCCACGUCGCCGAGCUUGUCCGCUUCCCUGAAAAGGUAGUCAAUAUGGCGCGACAGAAGGCCGAGGAGCUGGAAGAUUUCACGUCCGCCGAUCCCUCAGGCAAGGCUGCUUCUACCGCGAUUGACAAGUAUUCGCAGGAGGAGGUUGAAGAGGGUAGUGCACUUUUGAAGGCGAUGCUGCUUAAGUGGAAGAGUGCGAUUGAGGAGCCUGGGAAAGAGAUGACGGUUGAAGAGAAGAGGCAGAUUAUGAGGGAUCUCGUGAAGAGUGAUGAGAAGCUACAGACGAACCGGGUCUUCCAGGGGAUCCAGGCACUGUAA